AUGAGGCGCCGGGCUCGCCCCGCGCCCGGGCUCGCCCUGCUCUGCCUCGCCGCCCUGCUGGCUGCCGCCUCCGCCCUGCCCCGCGGCGCCGCGCCCCCCGAGCCCGGCAGCGGCAGCGGGGGGACCCCGGCCGACGGCGGUGCUGGGGCCCGGGGGGCUCAGCCCGGCCCCGGUACCGCGGAGCCGCCCCCGGAGCGGCGGGAGGAGGGAGCGGAGGGAGAGCUGGAGGCGGAGGUGGACGACGAGGAGGCGGCGGAGGACGAGGAGGCCGCGGGGGGGAGUCCCGCAGGAGAGCCAUGCAACUGCAGCGCCGUGGGGAGCGUCGACGCGGCCUCCUGCCAUGGCACGCCAGGACACUGCGUCUGCCUGGAGGGCUACACGGGGCCGCGCUGCGAGAGCUGCGCCCAGGGCUUCCACCCCGACCCCAGCCGGCAGCGGUGCCUGCCCUGCGGCUGCAGCCCCGCCGGUGCCAUCGGAUCCAGCUGCGAUGACGAUGGGAAAUGCCAGUGUAAAGUUGGCGUAACGGACCUCAAGUGCGACCGGUGCAGUGACGGGUACUACAGGCUCAACGAAACCGCCUGCGAGCCCUGCCAGUGCAACAACCGCUCCACAGCCUGCGACCGCUUAACAGGCACCUGCCUGCACUGCCAGGGCAACACGGAGGGGAAGCACUGCGAGCUCUGCAAGGAGGGCUUCUACCGAAGUGCCAGCGCCUGCCACCGCUGCCCGUGCUCCACCGUGGCAUCGACCGGCACCUGCCGAAUACAGCCUGGUGAAGCUGCCCCAACGUGCGACAAAUGCAAAGCUGGCUACACCGGCCCGAACUGCAACCAGUGCGACAGCGGCUACUACAACUCGGACAGCAUCUGCGUCAGGUGUCAGUGCAACGGGAACGUGGACCUGGCGCUGUCACCCAGCGUCUGCAAGCCGGAGAGCGGGGAGUGCAUCGGCUGCCUGUACCACACCGCUGGCUUCCACUGCCAGGAGUGCGAGGAUGGCUACGUCCGAGACCCCGAGGGCACCAACUGCACCAGGACAGAAGCCACUCUUGGCCCAGAAACAAGAGAGUUUACAACUUCUGCUCCAAACACUAGCAAGGCAACAUCAUUCCCAACUGCAGUGAUAAACAGCACAUUGGCACCAACAACUAUCCAGACUUUAUUGCCUAUAAGUUCCUCUGACAAUAGUACCUCUGCUUUUGCAGAUGUUUCUUGGACUCAGUUUAACAUAAUUAUUUUGACAGUUAUCAUCAUUGUUGUGGUCCUACUAAUGGGCUUUGUGGGUGCUGUCUACAUGUACCGUGAGUAUCAAAACAGAAAACUUAACGCUCCUUUUUGGACCAUUGAACUCAAAGAGGACAACAUCAGUUUUAGCAGCUACCACGACAGCAUCCCCAAUGCUGAUGUUUCGGGGCUGCUGGAAGACGACGGGAAUGAAGUGGCACCGAAUGGACAGCUAACGCUGACAACUCCCAUGCACAAUUACAAAGCUUAGAAGAAGAAGCAAUCCAGCUGUUCCAAAGUUGGCUUCAAGAAGAUACAGGGCUUGUUGGAGGGCUGUCAGGAUCCGUGCUGAGGCUCCAUGCAGAGGAAUUUGCUCUUCGGAUACUCGUAUGCUGGGCAUGCUGUAGCUUGCAGGUGAACAGAAAAAAGGUGUAGUACAUCUGAAUUUUGGGUAAUACGGUGAGAUGCAUUCGGUGUCUUGUUCUCCGUGAAGACCCGCCGAGUUCACUGUUGUUAAAGACUUGAUUAUGCUGAUCUUAAAAUAUGUUAUUUAUGAAGAGGUGAUGGGGUGGCGAAAGCGAUACCCCGGGAUUUAGCAGAAGCUGCUGUAUUUCCAGCCAACCUAACACUUACGCCUGCAUCCUUUAGCUUGAAAAGUAGCUUAUGAAUUAACAGUGGAUUUUGAGGAAACAGACCUUUGUGAAGGCUUCAUAUUAGUUCCUGAUAUGAAUUUGUUUGAAAAGGAGGACAAAAAAAAAAAAAGGGAAAUGGUCGUUCACUGUACUACCAAGAGGCAAGUAGAGGAGUGAGUUGCACAAUUGAACAGAAGUCACCAUUGUCUGUUUCCACUAAGCUGGGAAACAGGAAAAAGUAUCACAAAAAAUAUUGGAGUUAGGGAGGAGAGUAAGCUUUUCCCUUUCUGAGUAUUUAUACAGGGUGAUGAUGCUAUUAAAACAUAGCAGUCCGCUUUUUGUUCUAGAAGAAGUUAAUGAACUUGUAUAGUUUCCGUGCAAGGGAAGAUGACAAGACAUCUCAGGGUUGCCGUGUAAAAAUAAAAGCUAGGCUUAAUACCCUACCCUGAUAGAAAUGGUGUGUUCUGUAUAUAAAAUGUAAUAUAUCUUCUUGGAAUUGUAUUUGUAAUUAUUUGUAAAAAAGACAACCAACCAAAAAAACCCGACAACAAAACCAUGGACCCCCUCCCCAACCUCCCCUACUCCUCAGUCAUAUUUUAUCAUCUAGAUUUUAAUUGUACAGCAGUUAGUGGCAUUGUUUGAAAAGCAAAACAAACCCUGAGGAUUGUUUAAAAUACUGUAAAUUAGAUGGCAAUAUUGUUGGAGCUGGGACUCUGGCAAACACCCACUGCUUAAAGCUUUUCUUCUAGCGUGUCAUCGAAGAACUUUCUUUUCUAGAGAAAAUGUGAGUGCUCUCUACUUGCAUCUGUCAAAUUUCCCUGUUCCUUUCAAUACAGAGUAGACAGCCAGCGACACCACGAGUAGGGCCUAACGGGUGUCCAGCAGUCUGAUGUACCAUUUUGUCAUUUGCUUUUAAAUCUUUAUACGAGCUGCAAAUACACUGUCACGGAUGCAUGGAGAGCCUGGUCUCGACGGCUGAGCUUUUCCUGUGUGGCUGCUCAUCAUGUCGGGAUCUCGCUGCUGGCCCUCCCGUGCCCACAGGGUGCUGGGGAGGGCUGGGCGCAGCCUCGUGGCCUCUCUCGAAGGAAAAAAUCUGCAUUUGGGUGGAAACGCUUUUCAGCUGCAGAGCUUGCACGAGGUGAUCUGCACGUCCAGCCCUAAAGCUGAAAGUGCACGGGUGCUUUCAGAAACGUCAUGUAGCACAAGGCGGUGGGGAAUCAGCUGCCAAAAAACCUACAGGGGACUAUAGGUUUUAGAGAUUCCCCUAAUUUUUUGGGGGGCCAGCAGAGGAAGAACAGCAAACGGGCAGCACAGCACGGGGAGGUCACUCCCACCUGUAGCGUGUGAGCCUCAGGGCUGGCACCGUGCCCUGCCUGUGCCGGGGAGCCACCGGGUCAGCCGCCCGAAAACUGAUCCCAUUAAUUACAAUGAAGCAGGGCAUGAAACUCGUAUUUCACCAAACUAAUGGCCAGCCUCAGAACGAAAGCUGCGUUGCUGUGCGUGUUGGUGCUUUGCAAGCGCUUGGUGCUGAGGAGGAAUGAAGUACCUGCUAAAGGUCAGCAGGAGCUGACUGACGCAUCCUCAGAGCCGGGCAAAAGUAAAUAUUUCUCAGUGUGAGAAAUGGUAGGAAGAAUGGUGGUGAUUAUUUAUUUGCUUUCUGGUGCUGCAUGGAGCCUUUUCUUAUUGUUGGAGACUUUUUUGGGGUGUGUGGGGGGCAACAGGUGCUUUAAAUACGGGCACAAAGAUGUCAUUUCUGCCGCAGAAACUUGCUGCCUGAUUUAAAGAUGAGGCAGAGCAAGAAAGGAAAGUAGCCGAGGAUGGCCGAGGGAAAUGGUGAGAGCACAACGGGGCAUUGCCUACAGACAAACAUGGAAAAGCUCCUGCUGCCUGCUAGGGGCCUGGGUGAGGUCCCGUAGUUUAGGUGAUAAAUUGGGCUGAAGUCACUCAGAGCAAUCCUACUUUUAGGUAUAAAACAGGGGAGGAAUGGAGAAGAAAAUCUGCAUAUUGCUAAUCCUUGAGUUACUCACCCAGCUUUUAAAGAGCAGAGUGGUGACAAAAUAGAGGAUUUCCUAAAAAUUGGAAUUGUUUGGCAGUGCUCGUAUUGUGAUAGGCUUGCACUUGGUCACUUCAUAGGGUGGGGAAAGGGAAUUUGGGAACUGUUAGCUUCUGGGGCUAAUGCGAGCAGGCAAAGUGAAGGACAGGCUGUUCACUCUAAUGUUUCCAAACCAUUUUAGCAGGUGCCACAAAGCACCCCUUCCCCAGAUUUGGUAAAGCUGUAGGCUGCUUUGUAACAGGAAUAGGCUUUGAUUUCUCUUUUGCUGUAGAAAUAAUGACCAUCUGCAAACCGGAGCACGAGUUCAGGUGCUGAGCCCUCCUGGUCCUUGCCUACCACAGCAUGGAGGCGUUUGCUUCUGGCCUCCAAACUGCGAGCACUUCAUGUUUUAGGCUUGGGUUUGAAAAAAGGUCAGGAUGCCUUCUGGUAUUCUGCAGGGGGGCGUGAUGCCCCGUGGUCUGGGGGUCUCACGUCUGGAUGAAGAGAUCUAAACGGCCCCCGCAGACGUGGUGGCAAACGUGGCCGGGCCGGGGACGUGGCUGCCCAGGCUGGGCAGCAGAGGAAAGCACAGGGUGGUCCUUAGCAGGGGUUGGAGCACAGCGAGGAUGUGGCACUGGAACACUGCUCGUCAGAUGGCAAGAUGAGCGAGCAGGAAGAAAGCUGCCACCUCCAGCCAGCCAGACCUCCGGCUUAGGGGAAUGACAUUUAUAAGGGAGAUCGAUGCCUCAGCAAGGAAGAACAAACAGCUUCGUGUUGACUUUGAUCUGAGAUUAGAUCCUUGCUGCCUCUCAGUCGUGCAGCCAGCCCCUGGGCACUGCAGGGGGUGAGGCAGAAGCCGAGCUAGUUACAUCUCCCGUCAGCUUGGGUUGGUGUCACGCUUGGGUGGGGUGCAGAGCCGGGGUGCUAAAGGCCACCGGGACUGGGUGACUUCUGGGGCUGGCGUGGCGAUAAAGACACGCAGAGCUUUCAUCUUCUACCUGGCUGUGGUGCUGUCUGGCUGCAGUGGUGUGGUGGUGUGGAAAAAGGCCCUUGAAGGGAUGGUACAGUAGCUGUAGAGCAUAGAGAAAGUACGAUGAGGUGGGUAAGGGUGGGAAGCCAGCUCUCCAGGCACGAUCCUCGGGGCCGUGCGGUCCCUGUGGACCUGCUCUGGACGGGGUGAGUUCAGCUCCACAGUCAGUAGCUGAAGGCACGAGGAUAUAACGGAGCGGUUAAAGGGCAAAAAGCAAUGAUGUGUCAAAGGCAAGAGGCAGCCUGGCUGGCUCACAACUUAGGAGAGCAUUUGGUAAGCACAGAGUGCAACAGACAUGCAAAAGUGCGAUUGGGUUAAUGCGAGCAGAUGAUCUUAAAUCUUACGAACCACUGUAGCUAGAAAUAACUGCAUGGAGCACUAGCCCUGGGGAGCUGUCAGGAGCUGUCAUCCAUUGGAAUGACAAUUCCCUUGGACCAGGCUGAGCAAACUUAGCGCGCUGGAAGCCAUUUAUGAAAGUGGAGGGGAUGUAUUCAGCAUCCUUCAAAUAUCCGGGGCCAGUUAACCACUGCUGUACAGCGCCUCUUUCCUAAAUGUUACGCGCUGUGUAAAUGCGGCAGAAAGUUUGCACAGUCUCCUUUAAAUAAAAGAUAUAAGAUUGGAUCCUAAAAAUAUGCUUCUCUUUAAAGUGAAGUUUUAAAAUGAGCUCCCCCAGGAUUCUGCUCUUUGUGUGUCAGAGGGAUGGAAUAAAAUAAGAAAAAUAUGGGCCUUAAAGUUGUACUUGCUCCCAACUGAAACCCAUCGGUCUUAGUAUACAUCCAAAUAAGGCGUCUCCUAAGCAUAUGCUAUGCUUACAAAUGCAUUUCUAAAAUGAAAAAAGUGUAUGAUUUGAAUAUAUGUCAGAAUUUAUACAGAAGAAUGUUAUUUAAAAUGAAUAAAAAUAAAUGUAUAUAAUUU